AUGGAGGACCAAGGCAAGGCAUUAGAAGAGGCUCUGAACGUCGUCAAAGUUCAGGCCUUUCAUAUGAAACGAUGUCUGGACAAUAACAAGCUCAUGGAUGCAUUGAAACACACUUCCACAAUGCUAUCGGAAUUACGAACGUCCUCCUUGACCCCAAAAAAUUACUACGAACUCUAUAUGGCCAUUUUCGAUGAAUUGAGGCACUUGACAACCUAUUUAUACGAUGCCCACAUGUCGAAAAGGCAUCACUUGUCGGACUUGUAUGAGCUAGUUCAAUAUGCUGGAAACAUUGUUCCUCGUCUUUAUCUUAUGAUCACUGUCGGAUCUGUAUAUAUGCGUGUAUCAAAAGAAAUCAUACCCUCUACUCCUGGAACUCCAAAUCCAAACAUGCCUCUUCCAAAAGUCAAUGGCUUCAAGGGUGAAGAUGGCACUGACACCACUCUUCCGGAGGGCGCUGGUCCAAACUCAAAGACUAUGGACGAUGACGAUACCCCUCCUAUAAAAGAAUUGAUGAAGGACAUGUUGGAAAUGGCUCGUGGUGUCCAACAUCCUACCCGCGGCUUGUUUUUGAGAUACUAUCUAAGUGGAAUGACUAGGGACUACUUGCCUGAUUAUACUUUUGAUGGACCUCACGGCACUAUACGAGAUUCCAUUCACUUCAUUUUACAAAACUUUAUUGAAAUGAACAAGCUAUGGGUUCGAUUACAGCACCAAGGUCAUUCACGAGAAAGAGAUAGAAGAGAACAGGAACGAAAAGAAUUACGAUUACUAGUCGGAUCCAAUUUGGUUCGACUCAGUCAGCUCGAUGGAUUAGAUUUAGAAAUGUACAAGACGUCGGUACUACCCAAUAUACUGGAGGAGAUUGUCAGCUGUAAAGAUACUAUUGCUCAAGAGUACCUUAUGGAGGUUAUCAUCCAAGUGUUUCAUGACGACUUUCAUCUACGAACGUUGGAAAACUUUUUAUCUGCUACAGCUUCACUGGUUCGGACAGUUAAUGUCAAGCAGAUUGUAAUUAGCUUGAUUGAUCGAUUCUCCAACUAUGCUGCUCGAGCCCGUGACGACGCUGAAUCUGAUGCCAAAGAAGCUGGAGUCAAUGGGGAGGUGAAGGCAUCAAGUGGUAUACCUGAUGAUGUCCAGCUGUUUGAGGUCUUUUGGGGUCAAAUUACUGGAUUAGUUACGACUCGACCCGAGUUUACUGUGCAGGAUAUUGUUGCUCUGCUUGUAUCCUUAUGCAAUUUGUCUCUCAAUUGCUACCCUGAACGGUUGGACAAUGUGGACAAGGUUUUAGGUUUUGCAAAAGAACGACUUCUUGAAGCCCAAAAGAACAAUGCACCCGAGUUAAAUAACGUGCAAACAAUAUCAUCUCUUCUCCAGCUACUCCUGGCACCAUUGUCUGCCUAUCACAACAAUAUCCUCACGAUGUUGUCAUUCCCAUCGUCUUCAACGCAAUGCAUAGAUUUAGAUGAACGGGCUCAACGUUCUCUCGGUGGUGAUUACAUUGACCUACUGAAUAUGCAACCGUUUUCUUCCAGACGGCAGAUCGCACAUACAGCUGCUCAGGCUCUAUUACGAGCACACUCUUUAUCAGCUUAUCGAGUAGAAUCGAUAGAUGGUGUCAAUCUGGUGUUGGGUGAACUAUGCUCGGUUAUGAUUCGAGACCAAAUAGAUGGUGGUUUGUUUGGGCCAUCGAAAACACCUAUACCAGGCAGAAUUCAAGGUGAAGAAUUGCCGCUCGAUUGGGAGGAUGUUGCGGAAGAGCAAAAUCUAGUCGUACGAUUGUGUCAUAUGCUGAAAAGCAAAGACGGAAAUCCCGACAGUGACUUUCAACUGCUCGCUACAGCUCGAAACCACUUUGGAGAAGGAGGUGAUGUUCGACUUCGAUUUACUGUACCUGGCCUGCUUGUCGAGUUGAUUAAAUUGGCACGCAAAUUCAAAACGAUGUCUUCACUUGAUGAUCCCAGCCAACCUGUAAUGAAACUUGAAUCGCAUUUCAGGUUUAUCGCUGCAACCAUAACAGGUCUAUUCACGGCAAAAGAUUACUAUGGAGAGGAUGCAGAAGUAUCCAUCUUCCGUGAUGAAGUUGCAUCAGCGUCGACACAAAGAAGUACUAUUGGUGCAGGUCUCUUGAGCGUAUCUGAAGUUGCGCUCAGAUUGAAUCUCCAGGCCGCUCAAGCUAGUGAUGAGUGUGGAUUGGAGGAUGCCGCUCAAGGAUUCUUGACUGAGGCCUUUGGAAUUUAUGAGCAAUAUGUUUCCGACUCAAAAUCUCAAUUGGUUGCCAUCAGGCUACUUGCUGGUACUAUGCAAAAGAUAACUCAUCUUGCUGACGAUGCAAGAGAAACCUUGUCCGUCAAAAUGAUGGUGUCUGCUGCUCGUCUGAUCCGACGAUCCGAGCAAUGUCGUGCCAUGCUUGCUGUCUCUCAUAUAUUUUACACCGACGCUGUGGCAGAAGGUACAAGUAAAAAGAGUGACGCCGAACGAAUACUAGAAUGUAUUACUAGAGCUCUGAAAAUCGCGGAAGCUCUGUCAGAUGGAGGUGUCAAGGCAGAACUCCUGGUUGAGGUGUUGGAGAAGAUGCUCUGGUUUUUCGAAAAAAAAGUCUCGACUAUCACACCGAAGGCCAUAACAGACUUGGUUGAAUCAGCUCAAACGGCCAUUACAUUACUAUCUCGAUCUCAUUCUACAAAUAAGCCCGUGUUUGCGGUUGCAUAUGCACCACCCAAUACUCCAGGAAAGCCAUCUUCACAUGUCUUUGAAGGCCCGGACGCUGCUACUCUUCUCGCGUCGCAGCAAGUGGUCAACAAGCACUACCAGAAUGUUUUAUCGUAUGUAAGAUUGAAGAAGGGCUUGGGAGCUCAAGGAGGUUGGGGCGAAAUUCACAUUGUACAACAACAUAGUAGUGAAGAUGACGAAUAG